AAAACAUUUGAUACGUGAGUCGUCUACCUCCUUUCCAAAGAUCUUUCCUUUAUCAGGUUUUGACGUUUUGUGUAUUCAAAAGCGGGUCCGUUGGGGGAAAAAAAUCAAAUCAUCAUCCACAAGUUUUUAGGGGAUUGCAAGAAACCAUUUAUCCAAAUCUUGUCUCCCCUUAAAUCUUUACAAACAAGCCGUCAUCCCAUUAGUUAAACCUCAAAAAAGAUCGGCAUUUUCAUUUCCUUUAUCUGGCUUCUUGAAUCUUGAUAAUCACCCAAUAUUGAUUUUAACUUUGGGAAUCAACAAUCGGUUGAAUACCCAGGCGGGUGUGGUCUUCAUUUGAAAACGAAACAAGCAAACACGUCGAAGUCCAGAAUCCUGCCUGGGUUUUUCUCUUGCACACCUUCUGCUCGAUCAUUUGCCCGUGUGAAGUUUUUUGUUAUAAUUCAUCGCAACAAAGUGUCGGUAUUCUUUGCUUGACAAAAUUAGCAACGAGAUUAGGGUUCUUCAGAGAAAAGAUGACGAUUGACUUGGUACCAGGGAGUUCAGGGUUAAUCGACGCUGGUGGUGACAAGAAAAUCACAUAUUUUAGCAACAAAUACGUGUUGGGCUUGACUGUAAUUGCCGGCAUUGGUGGUCUCCUUUUCGGUUAUGACACAGGAGUCAUAUCAGGAGCCCUUCUAUACAUCCGUGAUGAUUUUAAAGCAGUCGAUCAAAGCAGUGUCUUACAGGAGACAAUUGUUAGCAUGGCUUUACUUGGUGCCAUAAUCGGAGCUGCAACUGGUGGGUGGAUAAAUGACACCCAUGGGCGAAAAAGUGCUACACUUAUUGCGGACGUCAUCUUUGCAAUUGGAUCUUUUGUCAUGGCUAGUGCCCCUGAUCCAUAUGUGCUUAUAUUUGGUCGAUUAUUGGUUGGAAUUGGUGUUGGAAUUGCUUCUGUUACAGCUCCAAUGUAUAUUGCUGAAGCUGCACCUUCAGAAAUAAGAGGAGGGCUUGUGAGCACCAAUGUGCUUAUGAUCACUGGUGGACAAUUUCUUUCAUAUCUUGUUAAUCAUGGCUUCACACAGGGACCAAAAGUGUCUUUUGCUUACUUCCUUCUUGCAAAUUAA